UAGAAAACUUGGCUCUUGUUUCAAUCAAUAAAACUGUUGUUUCGAGUAGGAGAUACUUUCCAUAUUAUACGAAUCUCAACUGUAUGAUUUGACAACUUCAUAAUGGCAGCUCUUCGUGACAUUUUGGUUGCAUUUCUGUUCGCCUUGGGAGGUUUUUCGAUCUUGUCAGCUCUCUGCCCUCCGGGCUGGAAAAACUGGCAUCAGUCGUGCUACGCGAUGUACUUGGAGCGUAUGAGCUGGGCAGAUGCUUCAGAGUUCUGCGAGAGUAAACAAAGCCACCUUGUCGUGCCGAAUUCACAGGCUGAGAACGACUUCCUCUGGCGGCGGCUGGUGGAACGAUUUGAGGCUGUACAAAAACGCGGAGUUUGGAUCGGUUGCAGAUGGGAGUCCGUUAACGCAAACAUUGUGAUCUGCGAUGGGAAUACUGAGAGAAUGAGCUACACCAACUGGGCAUUGGGAUAUCCCCAACAAGGAGCACCUCGGUGCGUCUUGUUGUCGAAGAAUGGCAACGGCACGUGGAAAACUUUCAACUGCGAAAAACCCAAGUAUGUCGUCUGCGAGAUGCCUAACACUGCUCGUGUGCACUGCAUGACGGCCGAUGCAAACGGGCGCUUCGUCAAUGGCCUACCGUAA